AUGCUUACUCCUUUCUGGUUAGAUGGAGAUGAGCUUUCUGUUGGGCCACGAUUUGCUCCUUUCCCCAUCCUCCACUUCUUGCAUGUCUUGGUGUGUGCUAUGCCCAUUCCGCCAUGCGGCCUGGCUGCAUGGGUAAGGAAGUACCAGUGCGAUUCCGUGUCCAUUUACCCUCAUGAGAAGUUCCGAGUUGACAGUAUCCGCGGCACAUUCGAUACCUCUGACAGUUCCACUGUAUUGUCGUUGGCUGUACUGGGUGUCUACAACACAUCGCGGUUUGCCUGUGACGACCUCAACUUGACGGGGCUUGAGACUUCUCUGCGUUUCCAUGUGCUCGGUUACCCAGUCGGCCAGCUGGAGUCUUUCAGGAGUGAAUGUCCUCUACCAAUAACAGAUACGCUCACGCCUCCCCAGGGGCUACUGUUCUCAAAACAUGAAUUGGAGUAUUCGUUCGGCCAUGCUCACCGGCUCCACACCCUCGCUGCCGAGUUGAGUUUCAAAGCACAAGAGAGUGUUGAGGUUGAUUGCGCAGCGGUGAAGGUCACCCCAUACAUUGGGAUCGCAGCUUCUGCAAUAUUGACCUAUAUCCCCGUCGGUGUGUUAGUUCUAGUUAACCUCACUUCCUGGGUGAAACGACGUAAUCAAUUGGGAAGAAACUGGCUGUUCGAGUAUAGAACCUCCUGGUCUAGUCAGGGUCCUAUAUGGGAUGUGACCCUUGAUAUCGCCGACUACUUACGAUAUCUCCAGUUUAUCUUUCUUGCUGGCUCAUUGACCAUGGAGUAUCCGGGCUUCUAUCAACCAGUCGUGAGCCAGGUAGCCUGGUCUUCGCUCCUGUAUUGGUCCGGACCUAUCGAUCAUGGUUUCACUUGGACCGGAGUGGAGGGCGGCAUGUAUGUCAGUAAUACAUCUUACGGGCUAGAAUACAUGUCCCAGAUACUCGGAUUUCCCAAAAUGCCGGACAUAAUGCUCGAUUCGUUUAUCAACCUCUUCGUUCUGAUUACUGCUCUCAUCGUGGUUUUGCUGAUUAUAUGCCUUAUCACAUUGGGAUCAAGCCGCCCCAUGCCUCCACUAAGCUCGGUCCUCCGAAACGCAGGCUGUAUCAUUUUGGGGGUUACUUUGUCGUGCUUCAGUCUCCCUCUAUUGUCGUACAUGUCCUACGAAUUAAUUCUCAUUGGAUACCUUCCGAACUACCGUGUUACCCUAGUGGGAUUGAUGAUAGCUGUGCUUGUAUGUUCAAACUUCUUCAUUGCUUAUCAUUUUGAAAGACAAAAAGAGCGGAGAGACACUGCCUUAUCAGUGGACUCUUCUCCCCGGGACAGUCUGUUAAGUGGCUCUAGAGAGCUGGCGCAGACUGUCUCUCAUUAUAUACCACAUGCCAUUCCACUGUUACAAGGGAUUGUGAUUGGGGGAUUCCAGUACUGGGGCUUAACUCAGAUAAUCGUGCUUGGAGGAUGUGAAAUCAUUCUUCUUCUGCAUAUGGCUAUACAGCGGCGCGCUAGCUUCUUUGCGUCGAAAGCCACUUGGUGUGCUACUGUGCGCCUCCUGACUCUCUUGCUAAGCAUCGUUUUCCCAUGUCGCUCGAGUGAAAAGACGAGGCAAUGGGUCGGCUACUUUAUCCUGUGUCUUCAUAGCGCAGUGGUUAUCUUCGGCUUCCUAUUCAUCUCUCUUUGGCAGCUCUACAGAUCUACUAGGAAGAGAAUCGGUAGUGUGCACAAUUCGGCAUCAGAUCGAAGCAACCAUUCAAAUGUGGUCCCGCCCUUGGGUUUAGAUUAUCUUUCGCCUCAUCGCCAUGAUAACAAGAACAACAAUGCAGCACAUAAAUCGAAGGACUACAUAAGCAACCGACGAGAAAGAAGUUUUGACCGCGCUGCCAGCUCCACCCGUCCCGGAUCAUCCGGCUAUAGAGGGUUCGAUGACUGCAGCAGCAGCAGCAACAACAACAACAACAACACAAUAACUCCAUUGUCCUCAACACCUUCGGUAGACGUAAAGCACUACAUAACAGACCUUUCCACCUUCUACAGAACCCCACGACCUCGAAACGCACCCAACACCCAGCCGUUCGAGAAGACGGCCGCAGUAGGAGAUUCAAGCUCUGCCAGCUCACCUAGAGCGUCAUCAUCAAAUACCGAGUCAUACAAUGAGUCAGAUCCACGACGGCAUUCCCAGGAUAUACUGGAUGAGCUUUUAGAAAUGCCAGGGAGACAUGAUGUAGACUACUCCGUGCGAGAGUCGGAUUUAUACUAUCUAAGACCCGCCGGCGCGUCAAUGCCACCUUCGACACCAAUUUUGGCAGAAAAUUGUCACGAAGACCAACCCGGUGGAUAUACAUUCCCAGAGUGGAUACGCAAGAGUGUACCAUCUAGGUUGAAACAGUCCAGGAAAAAAGAAAAGGGGUUUCAGGUAAUGAGGCCACCACGGCCCACAUAA